AUGUCCAAACUUAUCAUUUUGGGAGUUAUGACCAGAGGAAACAGGUUGCUGAUGCCGUCCGAUGAGGCCCUCCUUGAUGGUUUUCCAACUGACAUCUGCCCAGCCAUCGAAGAGCUUGAUUUGGAUGGGAAAUGUACCAUUUAUGCCAUCUGCCCUGAUCCCAAAUGUCACUUCACUUAUAAACCGGAGUUCAAAGAUGGUUCACCUAUUGCAUCUUAUCCAACGUAUUGCUGA